GAAGAGAGGUGUUUUGAAGGAGAAAGAAAUGAAGGGUUGGAGGAAUUUGUCUGUGGUGGAGACAAUCUAUGAAGAAGAACAGGAAGAGCUUUCUAACUCAUCUCCAACUCCUCCUACUAAUACUACUUCCGUUUCAUCUCUUCAAACUAUAGUAGACUCAUGGACGAAGGCUACAGGAGUCGAAACGGACGUGGUCAUACGUGUGCAUGGACGAUGCUUCCGUCUACACAAGGAUCCUCUCAUUGCAAGAAGCCGCUACCUAAAACGGCUACUAACGGAAUCCGACGACAUUACCGUCUCUCUUCCGUCAAAGAUAACGGCGGAAGCGUUUGCCCUGGUCGCUUGUUUCUGUUACGAUUCGAACGUCGUUAUAACGCCAUUCAACGUCAUAACCCUCCGAGUCGCGGCUGAGCUUCUGGAGAUGAUGGACGAUAACGGCGCCGUUGACGCUAAUCUGCGCCAUAAAACGGAGACUUACUUCUGUCAGGCGGUCGCCGUUAACCGUGAGUACGCCGCCAUUAUCCUCCGCACGUGCUUGGCGCUGCUUCCUGAGGCAGAGGAGAUGGCUUUUCUGGUGAGCAGAUGCAUUGAGGCGUUAGUUUCAACAGACGGCGUUAGUGACGGAGUUACUGACGGUUGGGUCGAUGACGUUGUCGCCUUGACGGCCGAGGAAUUUCAGAUCAUCGCCGAUUCGAUGAAAGGCCGAUUCACGGGUUGUCACGAUCUUUUGUACAGGAUCGUGGAUAUCUACCUCAAGGAAUAUACCGGCAAUCUAACGGAGGAACAGAAAAUCCGAAUCUGCACUGCAGUAGACUGCAACAAGCUCUCUCAACACCUCCUAAUGCAUGCCGUCCAGAACCCAAUAAUGCCACUUCGUUUCGUCAUCCGGGCGAUGUUGAUCGAGCAGCUAAACACCCGUCAAUCCUUCUCAGCUGCCUCCAUCACCAAUGCUCACAAGCCACAUGAUGAGUGUAUCACGCUCGGUGCCAUCCUCCACCGCGAUGCCGCCCGCCGUCAUGUGGCCCAGCUCAAAGCAUCAAUGGAUGCCACAAGUGCAAGAAUUAUAUGCUUGGAGAACGAUCUCAUACACAUGAGGAAGCAGCUUCACGAGUCAGAGAAGAAGAGGAAAACGUUGGAGUCGACUCGGUCGGCAAGCUUUAGGUUCAGCUGGGAGGAUAAGAAAGAGAGGGGAAUGCAGCCAUCUCCAAUGGAUAAAUCUUGCAGCAUUACUAACCCAAGGAAUUCAAAGAGUUUGAGCAAGAUACUAAUGAGCGGAUUAAAGAACAUGUUUCGGACAUCGAAACCAGAUUCUGAGAGUGGGUGUUCCAGUGGAGGUGAUGGAGAUGUUGAAGUUGUGAGGCCACCUUCUCAUUGUAAAAACCACUUGUUUGCAUGAUGCAGUGGGUUUUUUCCUCUUAAUCCACUCUAUUCCAUCUUUAAUUUUUAUGCUUGUGUAGGCACCAUUGCAAGUGGCAUACAUCAUGUGACACGAAUCCUAAAUUUUUUACUUUCUUUUAUAGUAAUAUGUGAAACCUAUUGAAAAAUUCAA